UUUGUUUUGUUUGCAGUGAACCUGUAUGAACUGAAGACCUACCAUGAAGUGAUCGACGAAAUAUAUUACAAAGUGAGCCACUUGGAGCCUUGGGAGAAGGGCAGUCGCAAAACUGCUGGCCAGACCGGCAUGUGUGGAGGCGUUCGUGGCGUGGGAGCAGGAGGGAUCGUUUCAACAGCCUACUGUCUUCUGUAUAAGCUAUUCACGUUGAAGUUGACUAGGAAGCAGGUAAAUGGGCUAAUCACCCAUCCUGAUUCACCUUACAUACGUGCUCUGGGUUUUAUGUAUAUCAGGUACACACAACCUCCGGCAGAUCUUUGGGAUUGGUAUGAUGAAUAUCUGGAAGAUCCAGAGGAACUGGAUGUGAAGGCUGGUGGAGGCCAAAUAAUGACCAUGGGAAAUAUCCUCAAGAACUUCCUCUGUAAACUUGAAUGGUUUUCAACGUUAUUCCCCAGAAUACCGGUACCUAUUCAGCAAAAAUUAGAAAAGAAGAUGAGUGAACGAUUCCCACCAGUGGCCGUCAACGCGCCUGUAACAACCACAGCUGUCAGGAAACCAGUAACAACGUCUGCGCGUCAUAUUCCCGACUCAGAGGCGCAUUUCGGCCAAGCAGAGAAAGCAUCCAAAGUAAGAAGUUGUGGUGCUGGUGGUGUUGGCGACAGACGUGGCUACAGUGCGGAAAAGGACAGAGAUAGAGAUAGAGGACGGGACAGAGAGUACAAAGACGUGAGGAGGGAGUACAGGGAGCGCUCUUGGGACUACAACAGAGACAGGGAGCGGGAAGGGGGCUUGGGAGGGGUGAGAGGAGGCCGCAGGGAGGACAGUCGCAGUAGAGACAAGAAGCACACCAGCUACAGAGAACGAGACAGGGACAGAGAUCGUGCAGGCAGGGAUAGGGAAAGAGACAGGAAUACGAGUAGUGGGUCCUCGAGAGAUAGAUACAGACACAGACACUAGAACUGUAUGUACAAAAGUGAUAUUCAUGAUCAUUAAACAGUAUCAAAAUGGUUUUUACUUAAUAGAACGGAGAAUACUUUUUUACUUUAUUAUUUUUGACAAAAACACUAAAAUAAUCCAAUUGUGAAUUAUAUUUAUAUGAAAUGAAAUGUUGAAUAUGUUCUGUGGAUGUGUGAGUGGGCGUUACAAGUGAUUUGCUAAAUAAAAUUGUCAACUAAA